AUGGACGCUUAUGACGUGCCCGAUUCGACCGACUGGCUCAACACCCCACUUGCGGCCUUGAUGUCAGUCGAACAGGCCUUCCGAUGCCAUGUCUGCAAAGAUUUCUACAAUACCCCCAUGAUCACCUCGUGCAGCCACACUUUCUGCUCGCUCUGCAUCCGGAGGUCUCUGAGCGUCGACGGAAAGUGCCCGUUAUGCCGCGCAACGGACCAGGAAAACAAGCUGAGGGGUAACCACUCUAUGCGGGAGGCUGUGGAUGCCUUUGUGCUAGCCCGCGCUUCCAUUCUCGAGGUUGCCCGUACUCCCAAGGUCCUACCGCCCGAUUCCGAGCCGCCCCAAACACCAAAGCGCAAGGCCGAGAAUCACGAACAAGGCUUGGAUGGUGAGACAGGGCGGAAGAGGACUAGAAUGUCUACACGGCAGAGCAAAGCAAAGGGAGCCCAGGCUACCGCGGCCAUGAUGCGACAGGAGACUGUUCUGGAAGUGGCAAGUUCCGCUGGGGAGUAUAUGGAUGAUGAGCCAGAUGACGGACUCGCCGGGUGUCCGAUAUGCAGAGCCCGUAUGAAACCAGAACGUGUCUACAACCACCUCGACAUUUGUCCGGGCGAACCACAAGCGCCACAAACGACGGCGAGCGCACCGCCACUUUAUUUGGGAACGUCCCAAGCACCAACAAAGCCCUUGGAGCGCCUGCCUCCUUUAAAUUACUCAAUGCUCAACGAUCAACAGCUGCGGAAAAAGCUCUCGGCAUUGGGGAUUUCUACAACAGGCAACCGUCAGCUUCUGGAGAGGCGGCACAAGGAAUGGGUCACAAUAUGGAACGCCAAUUGCGACUCCCUCAGGCCCAAGAAGCGCUCUGAGUUGCAACAAGACCUUGGAGUAUGGGAGCGGACCGUAGGCGCCCCUGCCCCAUCUCGAGCAGCUACUCUCGGCGCUCAAAUCAAGGAUAAAGAUUUCGACGGCGAGGCUUGGGCCACGAAACAUCAGUCUUCAUUCAAGGAUUUAAUAGCAAACGCCCGGAAAUCAAGAGCCAAGCCUAAACCGGAACAUUUGGAGCAAAAUGUACCACAUCAAAUUUUGCGAGAAGGUGCGCCAACGCCAUCACUAGAAACCCCUGAGCAAAGAAAAAGUGAUGAGGUGGUCGACCUCACAAGCCCGGCUCAAGAGCAGCCGCAGGUCAUUAACACUGAGGCGACCAUCGCUGGCUCUGGCACGUCCAUGAAUGAUGCUGAUUUAUGCGGCAACAAAGAGCAUGUUGGGGAGAGCUUUAUCCCCAGAACACCAGAGAAAGCGCAGUCAUGA